UUCCGGUUACUUAGCUUCUGCUGGAGGCUGCGCGUUCUGUCCAGGUCUCCGCGUGUUCCCCCGAGCGCAGGGUCCCGGGCCGGCAGCAAGUGGGCUACAUGUCGUCCCCGCAGGCCCUAGAGGACGAACAGGGCGGCGGCGAUCCACCCAGGGACCUCCGCAGCGUCCUGGUCACCAGCGUGCUCAACCUCGAGCUGCUGGACGAGGAUCUCUUCAGAGGAAGGCAUUACUGGGUACCCUCAAACCAGCGGCUGUUUGGGGGUCAGAUCGUGGGCCAGGCUUUGGUGGCUGCGGCCAAGUCUGUGACUGAAGAUGUCCACGUGCAUUCCCUGCACUGUUACUUUGUUCGGAAAGGGGACCCGAAGGUGCCGGUGCUGUACCAGGUGGAACGGACGCGAACAGGGGUGAGCUUCUCCGUGCGCUCCGUGAAGGCUGUGCAACACGGCAGGCCCAUCUUCAUCUGCCAGGCCUCCUUCCAGAAGGCCCAGCCCAGCCCUGUGCAGCACCAGUUCUCCAUGCCUACCGUGCCCCCGCCGGAAGAGCUGCUUGGCCACGAGGCCCUCAUUAACCAGUAUUUAAGGGACCCUAACCUCCAAGAGAAGUACCGAGUGGGGCUGAACCGAAUUGCUGCCCGGGAGGUGCCCAUUGAGAUCAAGCUGGUAAACCUACCCACUCUGAGCCAGCUGCAGAGCAUGGAGCCCAAACAGAUGUUCUGGGUGCGAGCCCGGGGCUACAUUGGGGAGGGCGACAUGAAGAUGCACUGCUGCGUGGCAGCCUACAUCUCGGACUAUGCCUUCCUGGGCACAGCACUGCUGCCCCACCAGUUGCAGCACAAGGUGCACUUCAUGGUCUCCUUGGAUCACUCCAUGUGGUUCCACGCCCCUUUCCGAGCUGACCACUGGAUGCUCUAUGAGUGUGAGAGCCCCUGGGCUGGUGGCUCCCGGGGCCUAGUUCAUGGGCGGCUGUGGCGUCGGGACGGGGUCCUGGCUAUGUCCUGUGCCCAGGAGGGCGUGAUCCGAGUGAAGCCCCGGGACUCAAAGCUGUAGCCAGAGGUACCAGCUUGGUCUGGGGCUUCAAGGAUCUCCCUUCUCCCCCGACUCCUGAGGCAGGAGUUACCAUCCAGGGCUGGGCCUUUGGUCCUGAACAUGGAAUAAAGAGACUUCUACCAGUGGA